UACUAAUGUUUAGUCUGUCCCAGAGCAAAACUCUACCGGAAUAUUGGCGUAAAACAUCGUAUACCCGCAUAAAUAUUUCACAGCGUUUAAAAGAAAAGCAGAACGACGUGAAGUUGAGAAACAACAGUGAAGGUUUUAUUCAAACGCUCUACUUAGCGAUACAGUUUAUACAGCCUAGCCUAAAGCGUAAUAUUCUGCAGAACAUUACACGACCUAUGGCAUCACGGUUAGCUAAAAUAACAACGGUGUGGUCUUUUAUUUGCAACCUUCCGUCAUUGCGGUGUAGCGCAAGAAGGUAUUGCGGCCAGACGCGGCGCAAUUUAACCUAUACGGUACAUAAGCUGCCAUUUUAAAUAAUUUUAACUAUACAGAGCGAAGUUGUUUUUUACUGCUAAAGUUAAAUUCGUAUUGCGUAAAGAUCAAUAAAACUAGGCGCUCUGUAGUAUAUAGGCUAUAUACAGCUCAUAUUCAAAUAAACAGUAUGUAGAUCUCUAAGGUAUACUUCUUUAAUGUUUUUCUUUGUCCGCAAAAUGAAACGUGCCACUUAGCUAUCAUCUAGAUCGGAAACUAACGUCAUGUAGGUUGAUUGUGGUCUGUUACCCGAAUAACGAAGAGUCACCACAGAGGAAACAGCUUCACAUGUUAUAUUUACGUUUGCGCAAAGUCUUGCAUGAAAGUCUGAAACGUAGUAGGUAUAGAUUUCUGUCUUGUUUAGAUUUAAAAGCAUAUAUGGUUUCGUUCCAUACAACAGGAUGUAUAUAGAAUAAGAACUAAUAUCGGCAUAUCUUACCGCAGUAAGCCUAACAAAAUCAAUAGAAACCAGCAGGCCGAUUCACACUUUACAAAGAACCAAGGUUUUAGACGCUGGGUAUUGUUGCCAAACACCAAUAAAGCUGUGCAGCGGCAAAGUAUAAACGAUUAAGAAAAUAUGCUUGUAAUAGGGAAACGCUGUAAUCUCAAAGAUAGCUAAUGUUUCUAUAUCAAAACUUGUUUAUUUGUAAGCGCUUUGCAGAUUGGCCUAUUCUGAGGUCCGUAGUGUAUAUAGUAUAGGUUGUGUAUAUAGGGUAGAUGGGUCACCUUUUUAUGUUUCUUGUAUCAGUUGGUAUAAAGUAAACAAAGAAUAUUCAAAGAACUCUAAAACCGCAUUUCCACGACUUCCAUAGACCGGUACUAUAUUUAGUAGAGGAAAUUAAACUUAACAAUGAAUGCCAACGAAAAUGAACAGUAUUCAGAAACAAUGAUACAGCAGAACAAACCUAAGAUAGCAAAAGAAAGUGGUUGGCGUUGGGUAGUGGUGUUGGCAAGUCUGGUUUUCAUAGCUAUUAGAACUGGAACGGAAAGAUGCUACUCCGUGUUCUAUCUGAGUCUUAUGCAUAAGUACAACAUUGAAUACGCAGAAGUGUCCCAACUUAUGAGCACUUUCUACAUCGCUUAUGGCUGCUCAGGCAUACUUGCCGCGCCUUUGAUCAAAUGGGCGGGUUGCAGAGCGUGUAUGAUGACCUUAGGUAUCAUAGCAUCAGUCUCAUGCUUCAUUGGGUCUCUACCCGGUCCGUUUUGGAAGAUUGUUUUGUGCAAUGGCCUUAUACCAGGAGUGUGCUUUGGGAUCCAAGUCGUGAUCGCAUUUACUGCUGUAAACCAGCGGUUUAAAAGCCAACUGAACCUGGCGAAUCAACUCAUUUGUCUUGGGUUUGCUGCCGGUUCUUUCCUAUCAUGUCCACUUUAUCAGGCAUUAGUUGAAAAUUACACGGUGAACGGUGCGCUAAUGGUUAUAUCCGGGUUCUACUUGCAUACCAUUGCUUCAGGGGCGGCAAUGUGGCCUUUAGAUAAGAAACCAAUAGCUGAAGAAAUUAAUGCUUUUAGAGCUGGAACAACAGACGAAAUUGAAUCCACAGGGAUAAAACGUAAUGGCACGGCCAAUGUACGAAGAGCAAGUCGCAUGUUUCAAAGUGUGAGGCAUUCGUUUGGGUUGAAUUUAUUCUGCCGACCCGAAUUUUAUCUUGCAGUGUUUGUGUAUGCGUGCCAAAUCAUAGCGUUGUCCUCAGUAUUUUCUUUUCUAAUUCCAUGCGCAGUGACAAAAUUCUCUUUAAACAAAACACAAGCGUCUUUCCUACCCUCGGCAGAAGCAGUAGGUGAAAUGAUUGCAAAAUUUAUUUGGGGAAUUUUCUUUAAUAGAAUACCGAAAAGAUGGCAGAAACCCGUUGUCUGCUGUCACUUUCUGGUUGCGUCUGUGCUCCUUGCGAUUCUCCCUAGCGUAAGAGGAUUUCCGUCUCUUCUCUGCAUUUGUGCUACAUUUGGCUUGAUGGUUGGAGGAAUAGAUGGAUUUUAUUCAUGCGUCUGUAUUGAAGUUUUCGGCACAGAGGCCUUUGCUGCAGUGUUUGGUUAUACCAACGUUGUAGCUCUCGGGUCAAGCUCCGGGUUUUUGCUUUUAAUUGGUGGAAUUAUCGACUCAACGAAAGAUCCUUCCGUUGCAUUUUACUUUGGUUGUGGUUCGUACGUUUUGGCUGCCUUCUUAUUAUUUUGCCUUAACCAGCGUAUUUCCAAUAGUUCAAAAAAGGUUACGAAUGCAUAAAACAUAUCAUUUGUAACCGCAACGUAGUCUAUAUCCUUUGUCUCCUGUAAUUGGGUACCGCUGGCUUAGUUCAGCAACAUAUAGUGUCAAAUAAAACACUGUGAUCCAACUGUGAGUCUGCACUUGCCCUGCAAACAUCACGAAAUUGUACGUUUCUAUUUACUCUACAGCAUCUUCAGGUUUUUAAAACAUAAAUCGUAACAGCUUACACUGCAUCGUACCAAGCUAUUCUGCCUUCUAAUAACCUGUGACGCUUAUUUGUCGGUUUCAUGGCCCUUAAAUUUUACCAGUGUUCAAACGCAUGAUAUUAGAAAGUUCAAUGCAAUUGUGUAAAUAAAAGCUAUAGGAAUUUUGUUUAAAACUUACCGUUCUGCAAUAAAGUUACAGCUUGAUAAAAUGUUUAACAUA